AUGCUAAAAAUUUUAAAAGGACAAGAAGAAUCGAUGACAGGGCUCAUUGUGUGUGAAGAGACAGGCAAUGCGUCAUCUCUGCCUCUCGUCCUUCAUUUCCUCUCAGCGGCUUCGACAUCUAAUCAAAAGGUCACUAUUGUGACGAGCAAGCUUACUGAAACAAAUUAUAAAUUGAUCUGUUCGAAAGCUGGAGUUCGAUGGAACCCUUCACAAAUCAGUUUCAUAGAAAUUCUGCAACCGUUUGGAUCGUUUGAUGUCGCAGCCAAAGAAAUUAUGGAUAAUCUUUACCCAAAAAUCUCGGAAACUACACCCUCCGUUCUUCUUUUCGAUGACGUUUCACUUUUCGAACAAUUCGGAGCGACAGGAGUGGAAGUGACUGUUUUUGUGCACACAUUGUAUUCACAUCUGAAGUCACUCUCAACAGGGCCAGUUAUCCUAUUCGCACCGUUCUCUGUCGCAUCGCCUGCUACAAAUAUCCUGCGCAGCCGAUGUCGGGUGUUCGCUCAAACGACACCAGUUGGUCAUGGAUUUGGAAAAGAUGCAUCAUCAAAGGUUGUUCUUACCAUCAAAUCUCCAUCUGCUCCAACGACGAAAAAGGGAAUUCUUCUCUCCGGCGAGCGAACAAUAAACGGAACUUGGGUUUCUGUUGAGUAG